AUGGCAUCCCUCAACCUCUCGAUCAAUGGGCCUUCGAUCAAGUCCAGCUACCAGGGCGUGAUCAAUGCCUCGACCUCCAACUCGUCCAGCUUCGCAACCUGGGCCCUCUUCUCCGUACAAGCUCCGCUCGCCAAUGCCUUCCAGGAUUCAGGCAACAAGGAGAGUGUCCUGAAGGUCCAGUCCACAGGCGAAGGCGAGCUCGAGGAACUGCUCGAGGACUUCAACGAGGGUCGCAUUCAGUUCGCAUUCAUCAAGAUCAAGGACCCCAACUCCGGUCUUCCUAAAUAUGCUCUCAUUGCCUGGUGCGGUGGAGGUGUGCCCGAGCGGACCAAAGGCUACUUCACCAGCCAUCUCAACGCCGUUUCCAAAGUUCUCCAUGGCUACCAUGUGCAAAUCACUGCCCGCUCAGAAACCGACCUCGAACCCGCCAACAUUUUGCAGAAGGUAGCCGACGCUUCUGGCUCCAAAUACACCGCAGGCGGCAGUGCUCCCGUCAAAUCCUCAGGUGCACCCCCGCCUGUCAAGUCCAAGCCAGUCUUCCCCACCACGAACUCAACCGCCAGUAUCUCCUUCAACCCUAUCAUAGCUGCCCGAAACGCCAACUUGCGCCAGAAGACCAACGACGACGGCUGGGGCGAGGACGCUCCGCAGGUAUCGCGCAGCGAGAUCCAGAGGGUCGAGUCUGCCUACAAGCCCACAAAGGUCGACAUCAAUGCUCUGCGAAGCCAAGCCCCGACCCACCAAGACGACCGUCCCGACGUAGUCCGAGGUGCUUACCAGCCCAUUGGCAAGGUUGACAUCAACGCUAUCCGGGCGGCUGCCAAGGAGAAACAGGAUGACAGGCCUGCUGCUGUCAAGGGCGCCUACGAACCAGUGGGUAAAGUGGAUAUUGCUGCCAUUCGCGCCAAGGCCCAGAAGCCCGCCGAGCAUGAGCACGAGCCUGAGCCUGAGCCCGAAGAGACAUCGGAACGGCCAAAGUCCUUGUCCGAACGCAGUGCGGCCUUCAACCAGUCCGAACGAAUCACGGAACUCCCGAAGCCCAAGGUUGCCAAGAAGUUUGGCGGUGCACCUUCGUACGGAGGCACAGGCACGAAGCCCCUGAACCCUGGUGGCUUUGGCCUGCUGGGUCCGGCCGGUGGUGCUCCUGUCAAUCCCCAAGUCGGCUCGGCAGGACGAUCGUUCCAGGCCGCUGCCAGCAAGACACCUGCACAGAUAUGGGCAGAGAAGAAGGCAGCUCAAGGCGGCGGCGGCUCUACGUCCAGUGUCUCAAGCCCUGCUGCUCCAUCGCCCGUAGAAGCACAAAAGAGCGGAGGUUGGCAAAGUGGUUACGCUGGCAAGUCCUGGGGAACUGUACAGACUGGAGGUUAUAGUCGGGGUAUCCCUGGGCAGAAGACCGGAGACACAGCAACUAGCCAAGACCAUACCGAACCUGAGACUAAACCUCAAGGAGUCAGUUCUCUGAAGGACCGUUUCAAGGAUGCAGCCCCUAUCGGCGUCGCAGCAGGAGCUGGUGCUGCUGCUGGAGCAGGCAUCGGUGCCGCCAUCGCUUCUCAUGACGAUCAAGACGAUGAAGAAGAAUCUGCACCCCCGCCUCCACCUCCUGCUACCCGUCCAAGCGAUGCUCCCUCGGGUGGGUUCGCCCUUCCUGGAAUGCCACCUCGACCACCACCUGUAACUGAUGAAGAGGAGGAGGAGGAGGAGGAGCCUGAGCCUAUUCGAGUCGCACAGCCUGUUGCUCGUGGUCCCGAGCCUGAGAUUGAGCCUGCUACUGAGCCUCCGAGAUCAUUGCCUGUUCGUUCUAUUGCUCAGGAGCUACCCAGGGAGGAAGACUUGCCCGACGAAGAGGAGACUUACGAUCCUCGAGCCGCAUCACAAGCCGUUGCCGAGCAGCAGUUCGGUGAAGAGCAGGUUGCUGACGCACCUGCUGCCAGCGGUGGAAAGCGUGCUCUGGUCCAGUAUGAUUACGAGAAGGCCGAGGACAACGAGGUCGAACUCCGCGAAGGCGAGUACGUUACGAACAUCGAGAUGGUUGACGAGGAUUGGUGGAUGGGUACCAACACGGCUGGUGAGAGCGGUCUAUUCCCAUCGAACUACGUCGAACUCGUCGACGACGAUGACUCCGCCCAAGCCGCUGCUCCCGCUCCCCCUCUGCCGCCCCCUGCUGCCGCUGAACCCGAGCCCGAGCCCGAGCAAGCUGCCGGUGGCGGCGCAAUUGCCACGGCCAGCUUCGACUAUGAGGCUGCCGAGGACAACGAGCUCAGCUUCCCCGAAGGAGCCAAAAUUACCAACUUGGAGUUCCCUGACGAUGAUUGGUGGUUCGGCCACUACCAAGGCGCGUCGGGUCUCUUCCCAGCGAACUAUGUGGAAUUGGACCAGUAG